UCCUUUGAACAGAGUUCUAAAAUAAGUGCUUUCCCUCUCAUAUUGGCUGAAUUUGUCCUGUGAUAAACGGCACAUGACUGUAUCUGUACCUCGUAUCUCUUGAGCCUGGGACUUUGAGACCAGCCUGGGCAAGAAGUAAGCAAGAGUUUUAACAUGCUAUCCAUGACAUAGCGCACACGAGCUAACAUGUCAUUGGUACCGAGUCAUGGAGCAGACUGUCACAUUCCAAAGUGAAGACCAGGAAUGUAUGGGUUCCCAAGUUUGCUUUAGAGGAGUCUUUCUCAUGACACCGUAAAUAUUGUAAGUUUGGAAACCCAAUCUCUCCGCCCUCUUCUUUUUGCCAGGCCUGACCUGGUAGUCCUACCUCAAAUCUCCCAAGUACUGGCAUUACAGUGAUCUUUGGGAACUCUUCACUGAGGUGACACAGCUCUUAGGAAGCUGUGCAUACAGGCAGGGCAGCAGUUGGGAAAGCCAUCUUUAACUGGUACCCAAUGCUGUGGUUGUGCUGUCAAGUGCAUAGCAACUGUACAGCCAACCCAGUCCACCUGCCUGUCGUCAGACUCGGCUUCCUACAUCUGUAGGCUGUAGGCAAGUGGACUGGGUUCCUUCCACAAUUGCUGUGACACUAAAGGAUAAAGCCAUCAGGUAAAGACUUGACCUCUCUGCUCAUUAGAGAGAAAGAUGGCCACAGGACAGAAUUACGCAAUUUUCUCACCUUGCUUAGAAUUCAAAGAAAACAAAUCUUAAGACUGUUUUAGUCCCCUUGUUUCUGUCAUGGGAAAAUGGGCCUUAGGAAGCCCAUUAAGUUGGGUUUUAGAGAGCAGUUACCUCAUCCCUUGAUUUGGUUGAGAAGAACUAAAGUGACCAGGGAUGAGAAAAGCUGGCAACACAACAGCCAGGGCUGUUACACAGAGAAACUGUUUUUGGAGGGAGGAAGGGCUGGGGAGAUGGCUUAGUGGUUAAGAACACUGGCUGUUCUUCCAGAGGAGCUGUGUUCAAUUCAUCCACAUGGCAGCUCAUACUUGCCUAUAACUCAAUCAGCCACUCACAUAGACAAACAUGUAGGCAAAACACCACUGCCCAUAAAAUAAAAAUUAAAAAAUAAAGCAGAGUAUCAUCCUCAGCUACUAGCCAUGAGACGGUCAAGUUGAAGGUGAGGUAAAGGCUGUUUAUUCUUAGCCUAACUCACGGGUUUUUUUUUUUUUUUUUAUAAGCCUUUCCUCAGCCACGAGGGCUUGGUAAAUGUCUGCGGAGAGAGUGGUUUUCUUUUCCUAGUGAUUUUGCUUGAAAUACAGAUUUAUGUUAGGGUUUCAUGGAGACUGAUUUCUUCAGUGCUAGAGACGGAACUCAAGGCCUCACACAUGAAGCAAGGGCUCUACCCCUAAACCACACUCCUAUUGCAAGACUUUGUUUUGUAUCUAGUGGAUUACAGGACAGGGAUCUAUUUGAAAUCAUGAGGUAUAUUGACAUUCUGUUUCACUUGCUGUUUCUGUUUUAUACACUGCAAGUUCCCAAGCAACUCACAUUUGCAAACACAGCUAUGGAUCCACUAUUUGUCUUGACAAUAGUAACCUUGGAAUUUAGGUUGAGUUUCUAUCUCCACUUCCCUGUUUCUUAAUCAUAUAUAACAUUUAUGGUAGCGGGUUGAGUUAAUGGUUUGUAGCCUCUAAUGAGAAGCCAGGAAGAAUGAGUAGUGAGGACCUGGUCACUCUGAACGUGGGAGGGAAGAUCUUCACAACAAGGCUCUCUACCCUAAAGCAGUUCCCUACCUCUCGGUUGGCAGGCAUGGUAGAUGGUAGAGACCCAGAGUUCAAGACUGUUAAUGGCCAGAUUUUUGUGGAUAGAGAUGGUGCUUUGUUUAGUUUCAUUUUAGAUUUUCUGAGGAAUCGUGAGCUUCUAUUACCGUCUGACUUUUCAGACUACCUUAGGCUUCAGAGAGAGGCGCUUUUCUAUGAACUCGAUUCUCUUGUUGAGCUCUUAAGCCAGCACCUGCUACAAUCAAGACCUGCUCUCAUGGAGGUGCAUUUCCUAAACAGAAAUACUCAAGCCUUUUUCAGAGUGUUUGGCUCUUGCAACAAAACCAUCGAGCUGCUAGCUAGAAGGAUUACAGUGUUUGUAGAGCAACCUACAGGACUGGCCCGGAGCGGUAACCCCUUCCCUCCUCAGGUGACUUUACUUCCACUGCCUCCACAAAGACCUUCUCACCAUGACCUGGUUUUCCACUGUGGCUCUGAUGGCACUAUUGAGAACCAUGCUGGAGUCAGGUACAUUUCCAUAAAGCCUGAUAACCGAAAAUUGGCAAAUGGAACAAAUGUCUUCGGCUUGCUGAUCGAUACUUUAUUAAAGGAAGGCUUUCAUCUGGUCAGCACUAGAACACCAGCCUCUGGAGACAAAAGUGAAUGCUAUGUCUUUGAAAGGAUAAAACGCCCUCAAGUCCUUGGGGAGAAUAAAACACCAAAACCAGAAAAUACCACCAUACCACCGCCAUCCCAGAAGUAACACUGUAAAAAGACAGUAAAGGGAACAUGCUCUUCUUGUUUGGAAAUUCCAUACCUGGAGCAUGUGUGCUGUCAGAUUUGGACUUAGUCUGACUUUGGAUGCUCUUCUA